AGUAAUAUCUAUUUAUUAUGGGUCCAUCAUAAGAAGUACUUCCUCGUUAUUAUUGCUCCUUCUCUGUUUUUCUUAAAAAAAAAGCUUAGAAGUGUGAGGAUUGUUACAGCUAUGGAGAUUUCGAAUUUGAGAAAAUUAAUUCUAAUGCUUCUAUUUCUCAGCUCAUUUCAACUGUGUAAAGCAUUUGGAGGAGUUGUUAAUCCGCUAGCGAAGUUGAGAUUCGACGGAAAAAAUGGUGAGUUUAGGAUUUUGCAGGUGGCGGAUAUGCACUACGGAGAUGGAAAAACGACGCCGUGUGAAGAUGUGUUGCCGAAGCAGAUGUCUUCGUGUUCCGAUCUCAAUACUACGGAUUUCAUUUUCAGGAUGAUUCACGCCGAGAAACCUCAUCUCAUCGUGUUCACCGGGGACAACAUAUUUGGAUCUGAUGCUACAGAUCCUGUAAAUUCCAUGGAUGCUGCUUUUGCUCCUGCAAUAUCUUCAAACAUACCAUGGGCUGCAGUACUAGGAAAUCAUGACCAGGAAUCUACACUCUCAAGGGAAGGCGUGAUGAAACAUAUCAUUGGCAUGAAAAGUACUUUAUCUCAAUUGAAUCCUCCCGACGUUCCUGAUAUUGAUGGUUUUGGGAAUUAUAAUCUGGAAGUCCAUGGGACUGAGGGUUCCGAGCUGACUAAUAAGUCCGUUCUCAAUCUGUAUUUCCUUGACAGUGGAGAUUACUCUACUGUUCCAUCCAUCCCUGGUUAUGGUUGGAUUAAACCCUCUCAACAGUUCUGGUUUCAACGCACCUCUAGGAAGCUUAAGAAAACUUACCUGCACGAUUCAAAUGCUAGGAAGGCUCCUGCUCCAGGACUUGCUUACUUUCAUAUUCCACUUCCUGAAUAUGCAAGUUUUGACUCAUCAAACUUCACAGGGGUUAGACAAGAAGGCAUAAGCUCUGCUUCAAUAAAUUCAGGUUUCUUCACCACUAUGGUGGAAAGUGGUGAUGUAAAGGCAGCAUUUGCUGGCCAUGAUCACAUAAAUGAUUUUUGUGGCAAGUUGAUGGACAUAAAUCUUUGCUAUGCUGGAGGAUUUGGAUAUCACGCUUAUGGGAAGGCUGGAUGGUCAAGGAGGGCAAGGAUGGUAGUAGCAUCUUUGGAAAAAACAGGGAAAGGAGGGUGGGGAGAUGUCAAAUCUAUUAAAACAUGGAAGCGACUUGAUGAUGAACAUCUUACAACCAUCGAUACUCAGGUUCUUUGGAGCAAGAGGUCUGCCGGUGCUCGUAGAAAAAAGCCUAUCGGUCACCACUAAAGAAUUUUAUUACUGAAGCAUGAUCACAAAUUGGUAGCAGAAGCCUAUUCUUCAACUUGCAUCUACUGGAAAGGUUUAUACUUGUUGUAUGGGUUAUUUACUUAGGGUCAAAAGUUAAUGUGUAAUGUUAAAGGUGAUGUAGGAGCAAGCAAUAUAUAUGUAGGUCACAUUCAGAGAAUGAGAUAAGGACCCACUUAUGUAGUAAAGAAAGAUUGAUAUAGUUCGAAACUCGCCUCUCUACUUCCUCAAGUAGGGCAAGGUACGUGUACACUUUAUCCUCCCGAGAUUUAUUGUUGUUGUAUGUUUGCUGUUGUACUAGAAAAACGUGAACUAUUCUGUUGUACCGAUGUUGUGCCUUUCUCAUAUUUUUUUUCCAUAUGAUUAUUCUAUUUGA